AUGGCAGACCAACACGAGGUCGAUCUCGACUCUAUAAUCGACAGGCUACUCGAGGUACGAGGCAGCCGACCUGGCAAGCAAGUUCAGCUACUUGAGGCCGAGAUCCGUUAUCUCUGUACCAAGGCUCGUGAGAUCUUCAUCUCUCAGCCCAUCCUCCUCGAACUCGAGGCUCCAAUUAAGAUCUGCGGUGAUAUCCACGGACAGUACUACGAUCUCCUCCGACUCUUCGAGUACGGUGGCUUCCCUCCCGAGGCCAACUACCUCUUCCUCGGUGACUACGUCGACCGAGGUAAGCAGUCUCUUGAGACUAUUUGCUUGCUCCUUGCCUACAAGAUCAAGUACCCCGAAAACUUCUUCAUCCUCCGAGGUAAUCACGAGUGCGCCUCUAUCAACCGAAUCUAUGGCUUCUACGACGAGUGCAAGCGUCGCUACAACAUCAAGCUUUGGAAGACCUUCACCGAUUGCUUCAACUGCCUUCCUAUCGCCGCUAUCAUCGACGAGAAGAUUUUUACCAUGCACGGUGGCCUCAGCCCUGACCUCAACUCUAUGGAGCAAAUUCGCCGUGUCAUGCGACCUACUGAUAUCCCUGACUGCGGUCUUCUUUGCGAUCUCUUGUGGUCUGAUCCAGAUAAGGAUAUUACUGGCUGGAGCGAAAACGACCGUGGUGUCUCAUUCACAUUCGGUCCCGAUGUUGUCUCGCGCUUCCUGCAGAAACAUGAUAUGGACCUGAUCUGCCGAGCUCAUCAGGUUGUUGAGGACGGCUAUGAAUUCUUCUCCAAGCGCCAGCUGGUCACGCUAUUCAGUGCGCCCAACUACUGUGGUGAAUUUGACAACGCUGGUGCGAUGAUGAGUGUUGACGAGAGCUUGCUGUGUUCUUUUCAGAUCUUGAAACCCGCUGAAAAGAAGCAAAAGUAUGUUCCAACCACUCUUGGCAGCACUAGCUCGCCAAUCAACUCCCCUUGCAAGAAUAUUUGA